CUUAUUUUGGACCUAAAAUUGAAAGCUCCAGUGACUUUACGUAGCAAUGUUACGGGAGGCUCAAAUUUUGGUGUUAAAAUGGAAGCUGGACAGAUUUUGUUCGACAGCAGCCCCGAAAAUAAAGUGAAUCCUCUUACAUUUUCGAUGCCUGUUUACGCCGCCGACGUCAUUUCAUCCCUCCAAAAUCUCCUCAUUCACGAUGUUGGAAGGAAGAAAGUAAUCAAAGGCGCUGAUCUUGAUGCCUUGAAGGAAUUUCUUACCGUACUGUCAAAGUAUUUAGAUUUGGGACAACAGUACAAUAACGAAAUCGCAUACCUCAGGAGAGAGGUUUAUGAAAAGCCGGAAAUUCAAAGGCAAGAGUGGCUGGGCCUAAUGACUGGAAUGACGCUCUCGACGGACAAGGUCCAAUACAUUGCUUGCCGUGGCUCUAAGCCUUACCUACGAGGCUAUCCUUGCGGUUUGUGGAUCAUGUUCCAUGCCAUGACAGUGAAUAGGUAUAUCAAAGGCGAAAAGUCGGGUAGACUUGAAAUAAUUAAGGGUAUAUUUACCCUUAUAGACGGAACUGCACCAAUUGCGCAUGCCCUGAAUCGCUUCGUUCCGCGCUUCUUCAGCUGCGGGUACUGCGCUUUCCACUUUGCCAAAAUGACUUCAAACGUACGUUUAGAGGGUGAGAGCGUCUACCCUGACCGUCCAGGUGAUGAUCCUCCUUUCCCUCUGGAAGUGCCCGACCCUGCCACCCUCCCUGCGGCCCCCAAGUCGGCCCGCGACGAAGUACUUUGGCUGAACACUGCGCACAAUAUGGUCAAUAAGCGUCUUUCGGGUCAUCCAUCGGAGGAUCCUCUGGCCCCAAAAAUAGUCUUCCCCUCUCCGGAACAGUGUCGCGCUUGUUGGUCUGAGGCUGCACGACGAAAAGUAGCAAUGGACAAAUUCUCUGCGACGCCGGACAAGGCUGAAGAACUUCUGGCUUACCUUGUUCACCAAUACAGACCCUCGUCUUGGCGAUGGGAUGGUGUAUGUGUGUCAUUCGAGGCCAUAUCUCAUAUGAACCUGGGCGCGGACACCUUCAGCACGACCGACAUGAUUUUAGUCGGGGUGAUUUGCGUGUGCUGCUCGGCGGCAUUGGCCGUUCUCGCUGCCCUCAUCUGUUGCCGUUGGCGCUGGUCACGUCGCGACCACCUUCCCCUUUCCACCACUGCAUGA